CGUCGAUUCGGCAGCCACGCAGCAAGGUUGCUGUCGGUGUCAGCAUCGGAGAGUUUCGAUUCUGAGGCGUUCGGAACCUGGUUGGUGCUCUGCACGGAAGACGGGGUCACCAAAGGCUUCGGACGCUCGUCCGCGCGCUCACCAGAGGUCAAAGACAGAGUUAGGUGCCUGGUGGCUUGCACGGGUGUCAGCUGUCUGCGGAAGCUUCGGAGAAGUAGGACGAUGAUGGAGCGCUAUCUGCAAGGUUCCUGUUGACACUCACAUCAGUCAAUGAAGGGUGAGAGAAGGGAACCCGGCUCGUAUCUGCCAUGAGCCACCGUACGGCGAAGUUUCCCACGCGGCCGGUGGCCCAACUGCUUGGCUCGAAUGGCCCCGUCCACGCCCUAGCCUACUCCGCAUCGCCAGGGACAUACAUUCUCGCCGGCUCCUCCGACCGAUCCAUCCGCCUGUACAAUCCCUCCUCUACCACUACCACCGCCACCACCAGCAAAGACAACAGCAUCACCGCCCGCCCCUCUCCGCCCGUCGCCAACCACACCAUACCCACAGGCCGGCUGAUCCAAACAUACACCUCGCACGCCUACGAGGUACUCUCGCUCUCCAUCUCCUCGUCCAACGCGCACUUCGCCUCGGCCGGCGGCGACCGCGCCGUGCUGCUGUGGGACGUCUCGACGGCGCAGACGAUCCGGCGCUUCGGGUCCGCCUCCACGACCUUCUCCCACACGGGGCGGGUCAACGCCGUGUGCUUCGCCGGCCACGAGGACAGCGUCGUGGUGUCGGGCGGGCUGGACUGCACCGUGCGCGUGUGGGAUGCGCGAUCCAACAGCGCCAAGCCCGUGCAGGUGCUGUCCGAGGCGCGGGACGCCGUCAGUUCGCUGGCCGUCUGCGACGCCGAGAUUGUGAGCGGCAGCGUGGAUGGGAGAGUCAGGGGAUAUGACAUCCGCAUGGGGCGGUGCGUGACCGAUGUAUUCCCCGCGAGCGUGACGAGUGUCUGUUUAGCGAAGGACGGGAGGACGGUCCUUGUUGGGUCGCUGGAUAGUAAGAUACGGUUGAUGGAUCGGGCGAAUGGCGCUUGUCUCAGGACGUACGGGGAUGAAGGGUGGAGGAAUGCCGAGCUGAGGGUGCAGAGCGUGCUGGGCGGCGGGGAGAGGUUCGUUGUGGCGGGGGAUGAGAUGACUGCUCCUGCCGGUGGUGAUGGUGCGGUAGCGAACGAAGGGAGAGUGUGGGCAUGGGAUUUGCUUACCGGCAAGUUGGUUGCCACGGUCCCGGUUCCGUGGGGCAACGGAAGUGAGAGCCGGAAGAAGGUCAUUGGCCGGGACGGGAAGGAGAAAGCACGCAAGAAUGUCGUGAGCUGCAUCGCUUGGAAGGAAGGAGGAUUCGGGGACCAGUUCAGCGUUGGCGGCACCUCCGGGGUGGUGACGGUCUUCGGAGGAGGUUGAGGCCGGCGCCAAGCCCACCCAGGGGCUCCCUUAUUAGUACGCUACAUACUCCUGUCGCUGUUAAGCAGCGAAACAGAUGAAGCAAUCCAGGUCUGUAUCAAAACACGCAAUCAUUACCAGGUAUCUAGCCCACCAAGCCAUGACCACUCCCAGAGUCAUUCGUUUAUGGGGA